AUGGCGGAGGCUGUGGUAGGGCAGGUGGUGGUCAAGCUUGGUGCGGCGCUGGCGAAAGACGCGCUCACGUUUGGCGCAAAACUGCUAUGGAAGGAAGCCUCCGCCCUCAGGGACCUCUUCGGCAAGAUCCGUGACUCCAAGGCAGAGCUGGAGAGCAUGCAGGCCUACCUGCAGGAGGCGGAGCGGUUCAAGGACACUGACAGGACAACUGCCAUCUUCGUCGGCCAGAUCAGGGGCCUCGCCUUCCAGAUCGAGGACGUCGUCGACGAGUUCACCUACAAGCUGGAGGAGGAGAAGCAUGGGGGCUAUGACGCCAAGAUGAAGAAGAGGCUGAAGCAUAUCAGGACCUGGCGCCGCCUGGCGGCCAAGCUCCAAGAUAUCCAAGCCAAGCUGCAGGAUGCUAAGCGGAGGAAGAAGGAUUACUCAAUUGACAGAUUUGUUUCUGCGGCCAGAUCGACGAAUCAAGCUCUGCAUUUCACCAGGGAUGAGGACCUUGUGGGGAUUGAGGAGAACAGGGAAAGGCUGAUACGGUGGCUGACCGGCGGAGGCGGUGGUGCUGAUGGUCUGGAGCAGAGGACCAGCAAAGUCACCACGGUGUGUGGGAUGCCUGGUGUUGGCAAGACCACUCUGGUUGCUCAUGUGUACAACACCGUGAAGGUGGAUUUCGACGCCGCUGCAUGGGUAACCGUGUCGCAGAAUUACCGUCUUGAAGACCUGCUGAAGAAGAUCGCCACAGAGUUCGGGGUCGCAGUUGAUAUCGCCAACAUUGAGAUGAGAGGCCUAGCAGAAUCCAUCCAUAACUACCUUCAAGGUAAAAAGUACAUCUUGGUCCUGGAUGAUGUCUGGACUGCACGCGUGUGGACAGAGAUAAGGAAUGUCUUCCCAACAUCUGAUCGUACCGGCCGAUUUGUCAUAACAUCAAGAAAGCAGGAAGUGUCGUUGUUGGCAACUAGGGAGUCUGCAAUUCAGUUGGAACCGCUACAAGAACGUCACUCUUGGUUGUUAUUCUGCCAAGGAGCUUUUUGGAAUGAUGACGACAAAGAGUGCCCGCUGGAGUUGCACAAAUUAGCGGUGAAGUUCAUUGCAAAGUGUCAAGGUUUGCCUAUUGCUCUUGCAUGCAUUGGCCGCCUACUCUCCAGCAAACUCCCAAAUUUUGCCGAAUGGGAGAAUGUGUACAGGGGUUUGGAUUCACAGUUGGUGAAAGACAUGCUCCCUGAUGUUGAUAUGAUUCUAAAGGUCAGCCUGGACGACCUUCCAUAUGAUUUGAAGAAUUGUUUCUUAUACUGUGCAUUAUUCCCAGAAGAUUAUGUAUUAAAGAGGAAGACGAUAAUGAGGCAGUGGAUUGCUGCUGGAUUUAUCAGGGAAAAGGAAGGGAACAGAACCUUGGAGGAAGUGGCCGAGGGAUACUUGGUUGAGCUCGUGAACCGAAGCCUACUGCAGGUAAUGGAGAGCAAUCAUGCCGGAUCACUGAAAUCCUACCGGAUGCAUGAUGUCAUACGCCUGCUUGCCCUCAACAAAGCCAAAGAGGAAUGCUUUGGUGAAGUUUGUAAUGGCUCUGCUGCCGGGGCAUUUUCUGCAGAGUGUGUACGUCGCAUAUUUGUCCAAGGGGAAAACCUUGAGCAGCUGAGACGAUCUGGUGCGACACAUAUCCGUGCGCUCCAUGUAUUUAAAUAUAGCAAUGUUGAUUUGCUGAAGCUUAUCCUAACAUCUUCAAAUUUGCUGUCAACAUUGGAUCUGCAAGGUUCUCGUGUCAAAAUGCUUCCCAAUGAGGUAUUCGACUUGUUUAAUCUGCGUUAUUUGGGACUUAGGGAUACCGAUAUUGAAAGCCUACCUGAAGCAGUGGGGAGGUUACAAAACUUGGAAGUCUUGGAUGCUACCAACGCUAAUCUGACGUAUUUGCCGAACAGUGUUGUAAAACUUCAGAAGUUGAGAUACCUGUAUGCAUAUACUGUUCCUGGUACAUUAGAGUCAUUAGAAAUUUUCAGGGUAGGUGGAGUCAACGUGCCUAAUGGAAUACAGCACUUGGCAGGAUUGCGUGCUCUCGAGUGUGUCAAAGUCACUCCAGUGUUUCUGCGUGAAGUUAGAGCUUUGACAGAGCUAAGAACAUUCACUGUGUGCAAUGUGAGAAGUGAACACUCUGCUGACUUGAGCAAUGCUAUCUCUAAAAUGAGCCAUCUUGUUCAUCUCGGAAUUGCCGCUGCAGCUGAGAAUGAGGUGCUGCAGUUUGAAGGGCUAUAUUUACCUCUAACCCUGUCUUGGCUUGGUUUAGCAGGACAGCUAGAAAAAACAUCGAUGCCAAAGCUUCUCUCUUCUUGGUCACACCUUAAUAGCCUCACUUGCUUGACCCUGGGAUUCUCCAAUAUUGAUGAGGACACAUUUUCCUGUUUGUGCGUGUUACAUGGUCUACGCUCUCUUGGGCUAAUGAAGGCUUUUGAAGGGAAGAGGUUGGACUUUUACGCAGGCUCAUUUCCAAAACUUCAGUUUCUACACAUAUGGGGCGCGGCACAGCUCAACCAAGUUAGAAUAGAGAAGGGCGCAAUGCAAAACCUCGUCGUGCUAUUGUUCAUGUACUGUCCCGAGUUGAAGUUUCUUCCAGAUGGUAUCGAAUAUCUUAGGGCCCUUGAAAAAUUACGUCUGGAGGACACAUCAGAAGAAUUGAUUGAGAAACUCCGGCGACAGAGAGAUUCAGAUGAAUGCAAUGAAGAUAUAAUGAAGAUUAGCCACAUAAGGAAUGUUACAGUUGAACUGACUCGGAAAGGACUGUUUGAAAGGAUUAGGUGA